AUGACUGGAGAUAUUGAGCAACUCUCCAUCGCUGCUAAAUAUUAUUCAACAUUUCUUCGUCAACUACAGUGUGGUGGUGAUCUAUAUCCUGGACAAGGACCAGUUUGUCAAUAUAAUACUACGCAUCAAGGCACAUGUGCAGCAGAUUGUAUCAAAGGUUUGGAAGAUUCCAGUGCAUAUUGUGGUUGUAGUGGUCCAAAAGGUCCACCAUGUCCGAACAGUCCAAAACAUAUUCGAUGCUGUGUGGAUACAUGUUCACAAGAAUUAAAACUGGAUUUGGGUUUUGUUCUUGAUGCUAGUGGCAGCGUUGGCUCCGAUAACUUUAGACUACAGCUAAAGUUUACAAAAGAUUUACUUCGUCGAGUGAAUGUUGGUGCGAAUAAAACUCAUGUUGGUAUUAUUAACUAUUCUAACAGUUUUCAAACGUUGACAUGGUUGAAUACAGAGUAUACUCUCGAACAAAAGCUUAGACAAGUUGAUCAAGCGACUUAUUUUUCCAGUAGUACAGAUACUGCUCGUGCUCUUCAACAAGCCAAUGUGGUAUUUUCCUAUGUACGUGGUCGGCGACAAUCAGCAGAAGGUGUAACACCAGUGAUAUUUGUAAUCACUGACGGAGCCAUGAGUGUUGGCGUCGGUACGGGACCCAAUAUAAAUGAAUUACAUGCUAUCUGUACGCCACCAGCAAGUGAAAACUAUUUUUCUAUGUCGGAUUACAAUGCUCUUGAACAAAAGUUAAAUCAGUUUACAUCAAAAUCAUGUUCUGAACCAGCAGCUGUCUCAUCGAAUACAACUGUCACCAUUGAAAUUAGUAAGGACAAAUAUAAAUUUCUGAAAGUUGAAAUUGUUACUAUUGGUAACAAAAUUUUGAUUACUGUUACACUAUUCAAUGGUAAUGUGAAAUUAUUUUAUUCAUUUAUAAAUCGAAAUCCAAAGGACCCAACUGAUUUUAUUGAUUAUCAAACAAGAGCAAAUGAUGUUGAUCCAUCACUUUGGACACAAUUCAAGUCUUAUUUUCGGCAAUCGUCGCAGGAAACAAGCACAACUAAAAGUGGUCAAAUAACAUUAGUCAUUGAUAAACCAGAUGAUAAUGUAGAGUUUGCCUAUAUCUGA